CCAUCCAUCCAUCCCAUCUCAUCUCAUUUCCAUCCCUUCUCCUUCUUUCAUUCUUCUACGGUUCAUCCCCUCACUCUCGUUAUCUCACAUUCCAGUCUUUCGCUCUAGUCGAUCGUUUUACUCUCUUAUCGUUGUUGUCGGAGAUUGUUUCAUAUUCCCUUCGGCUCCGCCCAUGCACUGCUCCUGAUCUGAUCCCUUGGUGAGAUACCAGAUACCAGAUACCAUCCAGACGACUCUGUCCAGUGCAUGUUCUCUGCUGGAAUUCUGUCAUACUCUAUAAUAUCUAAUACUACUCUCCGUCUUUCAUUCAAUAACGCUUCUUUGUCACUUGCGACGCGAUCGGACUCCUCCCAUUCCCCGGUAUUUGCAGCCCCUGGAGGUGCUUCGCCGUGAUCAGAAAGUCUUGCCCCGCGAUGACAACCGUUUUACCCACCCCGAAUUCCCCUCCCGACCUAUCCGGGUCCAAAUCCUCCAAGUCGUCCUCCUUUCGUUCCUCCUCGCAGCACUCCGGCCCCGAGGCCAUCUUCACCGAUAUCGCCAACUUUGAAGAGGUGGAUCUCCAGGAUGAGGUGCAUCUGUCCUACGUGAAGGGGGCCACCCCGUACCUCCGAAAUGGCGGGAUCACCCGGGCAUCCGCGGCCAUCAUGCAGAAGUCUGCCGUUGCGACCACCCGCGAUCUGACGGCCACCAAGACCAGGACCAUGCCGAAGCCGGUCAAUGGCACCUUGGCUCAGCCGGGACGCGGGCCCAAGCACCGCACCAAGCGGGACCCUCCCAAGCAAGCCGCCCUUCAAGUGAAGGCUCCUCGUUCGCGAUCGACCUCUCCUUUGCGACCGACUUCGAGUUUGGGCUCCUCGCCCUCGACCUUGUCUUUGACUCCGGUGAAUACCCAAACGCUCAACCGGAAACCCUCUUGGCAGCGCCCUCGCAAAACCGUUCAAGAUCUGGAGGAUGAAUACCAUGACUCGGAUGAAGAGUUACCUGAGGAUGCCAGUCUGUGGAAUGUUCCCAUUUCUCCACGGCCCGCUCAAGAUCGAGCGCCAUCCCGGGCUCCCAGCCCGAAUGGUCGGAGCCCGGGGCCGCGGCCUCUGCCUUUGUCGCAUUCGGUUUCCAAUGGCAUCCCCCGGUCGCCCUCUGGUUCGCGAUCUCCUACGGCCCGGACCAACCGGUCCAGCUCGACCGGGCCUGAACGCGGCCAGAUCUCGCCCCGUAAUCCGCGGGCCUAUUCGUACAACAACAUGAUGUCGGAUCUGUCGGAAGAGGCCAAGAUUAUCACAGAAGCUUUGGAAUAUCAUGCAGAUGAACGGGAGCGCAAGCGGGGCGAGCACCUGCAGAGCGGACUCUCUUCCUUGCGAUCUAGUGAAGAGUCCAAGCGCGGGUCCAAAAGCACCAUUGAAUUGCCUCCGUUGCAGAAAUCCAACAUCAUGAUCGACCCGUUGCCUCCGAGCAAGGAGAAGGAGAAAGUUCUCACGCGGACGCGGCCCAGCUGGCUGCCGCCGAAGGAUCAGAAGGAGGAGAAGCGGCACCUAAAGGAAUACAAGCGCAUGAUGGCGCAAUCACGAGAAGCAGACAAGCGCCGGGCUGCCAAGGCUGCCUCCAUGAAGUGCGAAAAAGACAACACUCGCGAGACUCUGCAACAGAUCUGGGAUGAAUAUGUGUACCCGAAUUGGGAUAAUGUGAUUCAUGAAACGCGCACGCGGGAGCUGUGGUGGCGCGGGGUGCCGCCUCGCAUCCGGGGAGCGACCUGGCAGCGGGCCAUCGGCAAUGAGCUGGCUCUGUCGGAGGAAACAUACAAAAAAGCCUUGCAACGGGCCAAAGAUGUGCGAUCCCGGGAAGACUCUGGCGAGAGCAACAAGCGAAUGCGGGAUUGGUUUGAGGCGAUUGAUUCGGACGUGUCUACGGCCUUCCCUGAGUUGAACCUCUUCCAAACCGGGGGUCCGCUGCGCGAAACCUUGAUCGAUGUGUUGCAGGCAUACUCGAUGUAUCGGAGCGACGUGGGCUAUGUCAGCGGCUUGCAUACCAUUGCCGCCCUUCUUGUUUUGCAAUUCCCGUCGCCCUCGUCUGCAUUCCUUGCCAUGGCCAAUGCGCUGAACCGGGCACUGCCGGUGGCUUUCUUGACGCAGGACCGCGGGGCGAUCGGUCGUACAUAUACCUUGGCUUCUGCGACGCUCAAAUAUAAGUUUCCCCGUCUGGUGACGCAUCUACACGAGACGCUGCGCCUCAGCGACGAAGAGAUCUGGGAACCGAUGUUCCGGUCCCUGCUGACCAACGGGCUGGACUUGGAACGGCUGAGCCGGGUGUGGGACUGCUGGGUGUUUGAGGGGGAUCGGGUUAUGAUCCGGGCGGCGGUGGCGAUCCUGGGAUGUUUGCAGCCGCAGUUGUUUGGUUACACGAAGCCGGAUGACCCGAGUCGCAAGGCGGUGCAGGAUAUUCUGGGAUGGGGACCGCGGCAGGGGAAAGCGCAGGAGCGAAACAGUGGGCCUGCGACAGGAUUCGGAGGGAUCACGUUGGGCUUGGGGGAUUACUGGAUGUUGGGGGGGGAUGAAGACGGGUUUAUGCAGAUGGUGCGGGAAGCGGGCAAGGUACGGUGAUGAUGCUGUCUGCUGUUGCUGUCUGCUAUCUGCAUUGCUGUCUCUUACCGUUGCUGUCAACGGCCUCAUGUUUGGUCAGGAAAUCCCUCAGAUAGCGGCAGCGUAGAUACUACGUAUAUACUUGGACUAGCGGUCUGCGCAGCGCUGCAUCUUUAAAUUUGCAUUUACUGUACAUGUAUUGCUGGAUCACCGUGUAGCAUAUUGCAGAUGUAAAAGAUAGCGAAGGGAGCGCGAAGCAGAGAGCCACAGGGCAUGAGACGGAGG